AUGGGGGCAGCUCGGCCUCCGGCUCACGCUGCCGCCCGCCCGCCUGCCCACAGAGUGCUGGUCCACCUGAGCCGGGCCGGGGCCGACGUCCAGAUCUUCGCCCCCAACAUGCCUCAGAUGCACGUGGUCGACCACGUCCGGGGGCAGCCGGCCGACAAGGAGACCCGGAACGUCCUGACCGAGUCUGCGCGCAUCGCCCGCGGCAAGAUCACCGACCUGGCUGAGCUCCGCGCCGCCAACCACGACGCGGCCAUCUUCCCCGGGGGCUUCGGAGCUGCCAAAAACCUGAGCACCUUCGCCGUGGACGGGAAGGACUGCGAGGUCCACGGAGACGUAGAGCGCGUGCUGAAGGAGUUCCACGGGGCCGGGAAGCCCAUCGGGUACGGGGCGGUCAGGGGGGCCCGGGAGCACCCAGCAGCUCUCGGGGGCGCAGCGCAGCCUCAGCCCUGCCGGGGGCGGCCUGGGAGCACCCCUUACGCAGGUCCCUGGCCACCCGCGGGCGCCAAGGCUCCGGCCCCGGGGCAGCUGCCUGGGUCUGGCGUCCGUCCAGGGGCUGACCGCACCGGCCAGCUGUGUUGUGCAGCGAGCGCACGCCUUCUCCCCCGGCCCCCGGCGUCCUGAGGUCGCC